AUGGCGCCUCGUACGGCGCGGAAGACUGGCAGCACGCGCAACAAGCGCGCCAAUAAGCGUACCAACAAGCGUACCAACAAGCGUACCAACAAGCGCACCAUCCUGAACAACCCACGCACUGCAACCGCGCCUGCAACCACAAAUAACACCUCAACCACGGUGGCCGGCCCCACUAUCCCACCCAUCGCCAGCAACACCGAAGAACAGGAACCAGGUGCAUGGGCCGAGUUUGUAUCAACUUACUCUUGGGGACGAGGCAAAAAGAGCGCCGCUUUCCAAGCCCUCCGCGCCAUGCCCUCGCGCCGCGAGCUCCUCGUUCGCUCCGUCCCCCACUGGGAUGCCAAACUCGGACCAGCCCAAUCCAUGCGGGCCCUCUACAACCGCAUCAUCACCAUGGCCCAGAAUGUCGAGUCGGCACUGAUGCAGAUCAAGGGCGAGCUGGCGCACAAUAGGUGUUGCUCUUGCCAACGCGACAACGGCCCCUGGAGCCGCUGCGUCAUUGUCCGCAACCACGAUGGUUCUCCUAUCCCCGAUAUGCCCCUCGCCUGUGCGAACUGCCAUUGGAACCGCGAAGACACUCGGUGCGACUACGAUCCCCGGCCCCAUGUCAGCCGGGCACAGGCCUGGAAUCGCAGCAGCCACGGUGGAGUGGGCCAGGCUACAACUGUUCCUCCUGCUGCGCCGUCCCCUGUUGACACCCGUGCCAGCUCCGGGGUCAUCUCUUCGGCUGAUGCGCUUCUGGACUCUCCCGCUCGUCCCUCUCCAGAAUCUGCUGCUGAGUGGGUUACAGAGUCGAUCGACACUCUGCAGCUUGGGCAGCAGGAUGGAGAAGCACUCCACCACUAUCGACUCGUGAUGGAGGACCUCAAACGCGUUGCGUUAGAGGUGCUGGCCGCCCGAGAGGAGGCCUGGAAGGUGGAACAGGAUAUGAAGAACGCAGAGAUGCUGGAACCCUCUCUCCUGGGCGAGGUUAGUGCGAUGCAGGAGGAGUUGGCUUCUGCCGAGACGCAGGUCUUGGAGAAGAUCAACGAGCUCCUUGCCCGUGUUCUAGCAGCUUAG